GUUGAGAGGCUGGAGAGAAAUUUUGAAGUGUCAACUGUGAUUUUCAAAAAGUUUGAACCAAUAUUUUUUGAUAUAUUUCAAAACCCUUUUGAAGAAAGUUCCAAACCGCAUCGAAGCAGGAAGCAGAGAGUGAUGGUGUCUCUUUGACUGUGAAAUGCAGCCAGUGCAGAGCCACCCCUGAGCCCAAUGGGUGCCACUCAGGCCAGCUGGGCUCCCCAUGCAGCUGCUGUUGCACAGGAGCUGUCCCACGGAGAGGGUGUCAGGGCGUGCUGGGGACAGGCACCAUGAGGUGGGUUAGCUCCCAGGCACAGUGAGAUCAACGCUUGAAACGUUUGGCAGAAAUAGCUGAAACAGCACAGGAGUGUUUUGUGUUGGCACAGUGCUGGCUGGGGCUGGUGUCACACACAGCAUGAUCCCCCUGCUCAGGGCUGUCACAUCCCUGUGGCCUCCACGCUGCCGUGCUUGCCAGAUGAGUGGGAACACACAUGGGAGGAAGUUACAGCUGAUGUGCUCGUUUUUAUGACAAAUUUGGGAACUGAAAUGAAAUUUCCUUUCGGGAAGGGAAAAGGAAUCUUGCGAUUUCAAUGGGGACCAAUAGAGGAGUCUUUGGUGCAUGUCCCUGCCCUUGGUGUCAUCUUCAACACACACAUGGAAUGUCUGCCUAAUUGAAAGGAUCUCAUCCAUGCUCCCUGCAAGAAUAUGUGGCUGUGACAGCUUUGUAGUGAGAUUGUAACCCUGGGGAUGAGGGAGCCAAGCUGUGGGUCUGCAAGGUGUUUUUGUCAGUUUAUGUGGGUUCUGUGGAUGUGAGGGGGGAUAAUUGUUGUGGUGCAGUGCUCCAGUGUACUCCCACAGGCAGAGUGCAGGGGAGGUGCUUUGUUGGUGUUCCUUUCACAGAGCAGUUUUGGUUGGUGCCACUGUGGCUUUGGCUGCCCUGUGGGUUGAGUCAUGUCCUCCUUGGUCUUCCAGCUCCAUGGGCUUGGAUAGUUCUGCUCCAAACAGGCGUCAGCAGCUGAGCUGUAGUACGAGCUAUAAUUGCCUGUUCUGAAGGGAUGGCCGAUGCUUUAGUAAAAUAUUUUGGAAAAACCAUCACUGGAAUAUAUGUAGCCUUUGUCACCUCCCCACGUGUGGCUGUAGGAGGGUUCUGUGGGAGGUGUGACACCCGCAGAAUAGUGUGGCAGGGUCAGAGGCCAGAGGCAGCCUUUGGCUUGGGAACAAGGUUGGGAAGUCGUGGAUGUGUGCAGGACACUCUGGAGCUAGGUCAGGCAUUGUCUGUCAGGCAGUGAGAGCUGAACUCAGGACAUGUAGCUUAUAUUGUGCCUUAAUGUGAAAUUAAGACAGCGGCUCCAGCUGCUGUUUUGAGCAGGGAAAUGGAAUGAAAUUUGAACUGUAGAACAAGGUCUGGCUUCCUGGAACUGAAGAGUAACUUCUCCCCCUGUUGUUCUUGGUGACAGGCGGGUGCCAUGCAGUGUCAAAGAUCUCUUCAACUUCUGCUGGACUCUCUUUGUGUACACUAAGGGUAGGCUGCUUGCUUUGCAUGGUUUGUAUACAUUCCCAGCUGUCAACUUCUGUUGUGUUGCUUGACGUGAUGUGCUGUCUCUUAAAGGUAAUUUCCGUAUGAUUGGAGAUGAUUUAGUAAAUUCCUAUCAUUUACUUCUGUGCUGCUUGGACCUGAUUUUUGCCAAUGCCCUUCUGUGUCCAAACAGAAGAGAUUUGCUAAAUCCAUCAUUUAAAGGCUUACCAGUGGAAUCCCACACUCUGGAGAUGAGAGGCUCUGAGGAUCCUCCCUGCAUCAUUGGCACGCUCUGCGAGCUGCACGACGGGCUCCUGGUGGAGGCCAAGGGCAUCAAGGAGCACUACUUCAAACCUUACAUUGCCAAGCUGUUUGAUAGGAAGAUCUUAAAAGGAGAUUGUUUGUUGGAUCUUUGCAACUUUACAGAAAAUAGCAAAGCACUGAAUAAAGAGUAUGAAGAAUAUGUUCUGACCGUGGGUGACUUUGAUGAGAGAGUUUUCCUGGGAGCUGAUGCUGAAGAAGAAAUUGGCACUCGAAAAUUCCCUGCAGAUGUGCCAGGAGAGAAAACAGCAGCACGAGCUCACAUGGAGUGUCAUCUGCAGCAGCAUUUUGAAAAGAAAAGGUCAUUUGCACCUUCAACCCCACUGACUGGCAGGAGAUACCUGCGAGAAAAGGAAACUGCCUUCACUCCUGUGGCCUCAGCCACACAGAGCGUGAGCCGUCUGCAGAGCAUGGUGGCUGGCUUGAAAAAUGCACCAAGUGAACAACUUACAGCUAUUUUUGAGUCUUGUGCCCGCAGCCCCUUGGAAAGCAUCAUGAGCAGAGUGAAGGAAAUUGGUGAGACCUUCUGCUGCUGCUACACUCAGUCAACAGAUGAGCAGCCAGGAUCUCACAUAGAUUUUGCUGUAAACAGAUUAAAACUGGCAGAGAUCUUGUAUUAUAAAAUCUUGGAGACUAUAAUGGUGCAAGAAACACGGAGACUGCAUGGGAAGGAUCUGACUGCUCUCCUGGAGCAGGAUGUCUUUCACCGCUCCCUCCUGGCGUGCUGCCUGGAGAUCGUGCUCUUCGCCUACAGCUCCCCUCGCACCUUCCCCUGGAUCAUUGAGGUGCUGGACAUCAGGCCAUUCUACUUCUAUAAGGUUAUUGAAGUGCUGAUUCGGUCUGAGGAAGGACUGUCCAGAGACAUGGUGAAGCACCUCAAUAGCAUUGAGGAGCAGAUUCUGGAGAGUCUGGCCUGGACUCGGAACUCAGCACUCUGGAAUGCACUCGAGGCCUCAGAAAACAAAGUCCCAACCUGUGAAGAAGUGAUAUUUCCCAGUAAUUUUGAGGCCAGCAAUGGAGGAAGUGGGUUUGGGCACUUGCCCAUGAUGCCAUUAUCUCCCAUAAUUCAUCCUCGAGUGAAAGAGGUUCGGACAGAUCUUGGUGGGAGUUUAAGACGAGACAUGCAGCCAUUGUCUCCAAUCUCCGUUCAUGAGCGCUACAGUUCUCCUACAGCUGGGAGUGCUAAGAGAAGGCUCUUUGGAGAUGACAGCCCCAAAGAAACGCAGAUGGAAAAAAUCUUAACGAAGGGAACGAAGCUGACAAUUGCUCCAGCAUCAAGCGUCGGUGCUGAAAACAUGUCAGCAUCUCCUGCCCAGACAGUGCUGACCAUGACAACCACUACAGGACCAGGAAAAGCAGGACAGAAGGUCACUAUCCCACUGCAUGGUAUUUCAAAUGACAUGGGUGGAAUCACCUUGAUCCCCAUUUCGAUUAAUUUAGGCCAGCCAUGUAAAGUGGAUGCUCAGGCUCCCUGCCACCCUCCUGGGACCCAAGGAGCAGAUGUGGCGCUGCCCGUGGCCGGCAAGCCGAAGAGAACGGGCUCCUUGGCACUGUUCUACAGGAAGGUGUAUCACCUGGCAAGCGUGCGCCUGCGUGACCUGUGCCUGAAGCUGGAUGUGUCCAACGACCUGCGCAGGAAGAUAUGGACGUGUUUUGAGUUCACCUUGGUUCAUUGUGCUGACCUUAUGAAGGACAGGCAUUUGGACCAGCUCCUCCUCUGUGCUUUUUAUAUCAUGGCAAAGGUAACCAAAGAGGAAAGAACUUUUCAGGACAUAAUGAAAAGUUACAGAAAUCAGCCCCAGGCAAACAGCCAUGUUUAUAGGAGUGUCUUGUUGAGAAAUACUUCUGAUGAUGUUCCAUUGGACAAAAAUGCAAACCCAGAUAUGGAGAUGACAGAAGACUCAUCUGUGAAAGCUGGCAGCUCCUUGGGACGGUCCACAGCAGAGAAUUUGAGUGAGUCAGAAACAGAGGAGAGAGGAGAUCUUAUUAAAUUUUACAACGCAGUCUACGUAGGAAGAGUAAAGUCAUUUGCACUGAAGUACGAUAUCACAAACCAGGAUCAUGUGGUGGAGGCGCCGCCGCUGUCGCCGUUCCCCAGCGUGCGGCCGCAGGCGGUGUCCCCGCGGCGAAUCUCGCAGCAGCACUCGGUGUUCGUGUCCCCGCACAAGAACGGCGCCUGCCUCACGCCCCGCUCUGCCCUGCUCUACAGGUUCAAUGGCAGCCCCUCCAAGAGUUUGAAGGACAUCAACAAUAUGAUAAAGCAAGGUGAACAUAGGAGUAAGAAGCGAGCAAUAACAAUUGACAGUGACACUGAAUCCCCCUCGAAGCGACUCUGCCAGGAAAAUGAUGAUGUUCUACUGAAACGUCUGCAGGAUGUUGUCAGUGAGAGAGCAAAUCACUAAAAAGCUUCUGCUGUCUGUGGAUCUCCAAGUUACAGAGCUGGAUACAGCAUUGUGCUAUUUAUUUCUUGCUUUUGUAUAUAGACAUCUGUCAAGUUCCUUCAACACUGAACUUUCACCUGACUUCCACAGGACACAAAAAGUAAGAGUUAUGUAGGAAAUGCCAGUGAUCUUAAUGCCCAAAGAUCACACUGUGCUAUAACUUACUCUGAGCUGUUUUAGCAAAAGAGUGUUCUGUGAAACCCAUAUUGGAUGUUCUCAAGCCCCAUUUGGAGCAUCAUGAAUUCUGAGUGUAACUCAGCUUAGAAUACCAGUUUUAUUAUUAGAAUAAGAGUGAUAAAGAAAUUAGUGACAUCAGUGACGUUUCCUCAAGCUUUUGGCAGUUAGAGAAGAAACUUACAAAGUGCCUUAUUUGAAAGGAAUACAGAAUUUUAUGUAUUUUACUGCGGAGUAACUGGAGGGAAAAGAAAUAAAUUAUUUAGCCUCAGGAAGAGCUGAGUAGUUUUGAACUGUCAGAACUUAUGUUAAAGUGUAGGUUGUGACAUGUAUCUGACAGCUUUUGCAGUAACAAAGGCAAUAAUCUAAAAAUACAAAUAGUGGUGACUUAGGUUGGACUCUGGUAAAGCUCACGGUUCUGUGAGCCUGAAUUCCCUUUCUCUUGAGCCAGUGGUGCUCCACUUUGGAAGCCACAGAGCAGCCUGCCCUAGAUGUUCAUACAGAUGGCAGCUCACCCAUGAGAAAAUACAGUUACAGCUGAAAUCAGCAGCUGGGGCUUGGCCACGUUAAAGCUGUUCAAAUGUACACGUUCUUAUAACAAUUUGAAUGUCUUGUUUUUUCCUGAAGACCUUUAGCCUCUUGUGUAGUAUCUACACUGAAUGUAAGCCCAUCACAUAAGGAGGUGUGUAUGUGUGAGGUUUUAUAGCUGUUGAAGGCUUGGGUUCACUGGAAAAGUAGAAGUUCCAGCAUCCAGUUCUUGUGACUGAGUUUUUAAUGCUGAAGAUCUGGUAGGGUCUGUUUUACCAAAAUGGAGAAAAGUCAGGGUUUACUCAUUACUGUAAAUCAGUAGUUUGAUCUUAUUUUAUAAUUGUAUUUAAGGUUAGAGCCAUAGAGAAACUUCUCAGCACUGUAAUUUUCAGUUUCUGUGUAACUGAACUGAAAAAAAAAAAGAACAACUACACAGGACUUAUUUGAGGGGCUCUGUUUCCUUCAUUGGCUGGGUGGGUUAGUAUGUGAGAUCCACAGGUCAUGAAGAGAACACUGCCAUGAUUUUGAGCAGCCUCAGCAAUGAUGAAGGAGAAAUUAAUUUCUAAGUGUAGGUGUGCAGGAACACUACUCAGCAAGGAGUAGGAAGUUUACAAACUUGGUUUUGAGUCAUUAACUACUUGAACAUUUGAUAUUUUUUUAAACUUGUUUACUUUCAAAAAAAGGUGCUUGCCCAUGGAGAGCUGCAGUAUGAGGAAAUGGCUGUGCAGUGGAAUAGGUUUCAUGUAGAUAUUUAAUUUUAUUCAAGUUUUAAUGUUUGCCUUCAUAUUUUCAGAUAAAAAGUGGAGGAUUGCAGCCUUUCUGCAAUAGGAUAGGAAAUUUAUGGUUAGGCAUGACAGCAUCAGUCUUUCCAUGGUAUUGUAUGAUGAGAGUUUACAACCAUUGACAUGGUUUUAAUUCAAUAUCAUGUGCACAUCUCCUGGUGUCUCUGCUCCCCACACUGUCACUGCCUUCUCUGACAGUAGACAACUGAUGGAGCCAAAAUCCUUAAUAACUGUUAUGUAUAGUGCUUCUUCAGUAGGAAAAUGAAUGUACUACAACUGGAUGCAGUUCAGAAUUCUUCACCUUUUUAGGUGAUGUAAAAACUAUUUUGGGCUUGUUGAACGGCUAAAACAAUAGCUUACAUGAAAUUUUUGUAACGGUUUCAAAGUGCCUUCACAUGUAAAUCUGUAUUUUAUAAUAAACAACUAAAAAGCAUUUUAA